AUGGCGGAAACCAAACCCAUUCCCCCUCCGCGUCCGACAACCACCUCCGCCAAUGCUUCCAACGUCAGCGUCGCCUCUGGCCUCCGUAGCCGGUUUGCAACGCGCAACGACAGCGGCAACACCGUCUCCCCAACUCGCAAGAGACCAGAAAUCCAACAGCAGGCGUCGAGCACCCGCAAUGGAACGCUCGACCCACCACCACCCGACCUUCUUCGUAGGCGCUCCUCCAUACUUUCCGACACCACUCAGUCACUCGACGAGAUCAUCAACCCGAGCUCGAGCAAGCGUGGAAGCUCGGGCGACGACAGCGAAGUCACGCAUUGGCACAGCAUUCCCAUAGCGUUUGCGCUACUUCCAGCCGUUGGCGGCCUGUUCUUUCAGAAUGGCUCAGGCUUCGUGACCGACGUGCUGUUGCUCACAUUGGCCGGUGUCUUCAUGAACUGGAGUAUACGCAUACCAUGGGACUGGUACUACUCAGCUCAGGCUCUCCGAAGGGAUAUCGAGCCGUCUCCCGACCCAAGCUGCGAUUCAAUACCGGAGGAGCCUGAUGACACCGCAGUCGACACCGCGUCUUCCGAAGCCGACUCGCCCCGUCAGCAGCCCGCUGACAGCAAGAAUGGCAAGAGGGCGAACUACGUGAGCAAGCGAGACGAAGCGGCUGCGGACUUGAGGAUACAGGAGCUGCUAGCCUUCGCCGCAACUUUCAUCUUCCCAGCACUGGCUGCUUACCUUCUUCACGUUCUUCGAGGCCAACUGUCAAGACCCUCCAACAGUCUGGUCUCCGACUACAACCUUUCCAUCUUCCUUCUUGCGGCCGAGAUACGGCCGGCUAGGCAGCUUGUCCGACUCAUCGCAAACCGCACCUUACACCUCCAACGUACGGUGACCGGCCUGGACGAUCCGUUCGCAGCAGCCUUCGAGGACAAGAGUACCAUUCGCAGUCUUGAGACGCGGAUAGCUGACCUAGAAGCUAAGCUUACACGCCAUGCGGUCCUUCCGCCAAACCUCGCAGUCGCGCAAAAGGCCGAUGUUACUGAACUUUCGGCCGAAAUGCGGAAGCGCUACGAGCCUCGCCUCGACAGUCUGGAACGCGCAAUGCGACGGUACGAGAAGCGCAUGACGACGAUGGCCAUGCUCAUCGAGCAACGUCUGAACUCGCUCGAGACUCGUUUGCAGGAUGCUUUGAGUCUGGCGGCAGUUGCUGCACAGCACUCUCAACACCGUGGGACUAUCUUUGCCUACAUAUUACAGACGCUAAGUCUGCUGAUUGCAUGGCCGCUGAGGAUCGCUUGGAUCUUGUGUGUCUGGCCAUUUCAUGUGCUUGAGGAGGGCUACGGCUGGCUUAGGACCAUGAUGCUGGGACCAAUGCCUGAAGGCUCGAAGCAGGCGAUGCGGAGGCAAGGAUCUCGGGAAGGCACUGCUGACGAAAAGCCUAGAGUGAAGGGCUCCACCGGCCGAAAGGUCUCACGGUAG